AUGACAAUUAUCUAUAUCUAUAAACUCUCUCUCUCUCUCUCUCUCUCUCUCUCUCUCUCUCUCUCUCUCUCUUUGAUAUUCAGCAAAUUACCAGGGUCGAUCGAAUUUUGGACGAAAUUAAAAUCUAUCUAUCUAUCUAUCUAUCUCAGUUUUUUCAUAUCUAUCUAUCAGUCUGUUCUAUCUCAGUCUGUUCUCUCUGUGUGUAUCUAUCUAUCUAUCUAUCUAUCUAUCUAUAUAUAUAUAUAUAUUCUUUUCAUAUCUAUCUAUAUAUCUAUCUAUCUCAGCCUAUUUUGUCUCGGUCUGCUCUAUUCUGUUCUAUCUAUCUAUCUAUCUAUCUCAGUUUUAUCUAUCUUAGUCUUAUCUAUCUAUCUAUCUAUCUAUCAGUCUGUUCAUAUCUAUUUAUCUCAGCUAUUGAUAUCUAUCUAUCUAUCUAAGGCUAUUGAUAUCUAUCUAUCUAUCUACUUAUAUCAGGACUAUCAAGUGCGCAGGACACGGACGCACACCUGUCUCCGCCUCUCUCUCUCUCUCUCUCUUCCCCUCUCUCUACCCCUCUCUCCCCUCUCUCUCCCUCUCUCCCCUAACUCUCUCUCUCUCUCUCUUUAUCUAUCUAUCUAUCUAUCUAUCUAUCUAUCUAUCUAUUUCAGUCUGCUCAUUAUCUAUCUAUCUAUCUAUCUAUUUCGGUCCGCUUAUUAUCUAUCUAUCUAUUUCAGUCUGCUCAUUAUCUAUCUAUCUAUCUAUCUAUCUAUCUAUCUAUCUAUUUCGGUCUGCUUAUCUAUCUAUCUAUCUAUCUAUUUCGGUCUGCUUAUUAUCUAUCUAUCUAUCUAUCUAUCUAUCUAUCUAUUUCAGUCUGCUCAUUAUCUAUCUAUCUAUCUAUCUAUCUAUCUAUCUAUCUAUCACCAUCAUUUCCUCUUUCACAAUUCCUAUCCCCGCCAAAAAAACAGGAAACCAAAUUAUGUUUUGUGGAUCAUUGAAACACUGCAUGGGAAACUGUCUGUAAAGGAGUCAACUGACCCCAUGAUCGGGAACCCAUCCACAGAGACACCAGCCCCUCCACUCCCCCGGUUGUUAAGAUGA